GUCAGAUGCGCCGCUUUCACGGUCGUGGACAUACGUUGGUGACACACAGUGACGUUUCUGUCAGGAGAGCCGCGUUCAAAUAAGUCAUUUUGCUGUCUAAACGUUAGCACAAGAGGCUAAAGUUGAUGUGUGGCUAAAGCUACAAGGCUGUACGUUAAAAGCGUAAUUUACCAUGACAACCGAAUCAGGCGCAGACUCUGAGGCCAAGCAGCAGCAGCAGCAAGAGGAGAGCACAGAGACUCCCAGCGAGAACCCGAAAGCCGCUGAACCCGCUACGCCUCAGAACCUGCCUGAGCAGCUUCCGGCCGCCGUGGGACACAGCACGCCGGCCAGGAAAGAACAGGAGACGCAAGAAGACGACCAAGAAUCCCGCCAGUCAUCCACCAGUCGUCUCUCCAGGUCUCCUUUAAAAGGAGUGAAGAAGGUGAAGAUCAUGCAAUGCAAGGUGACACUGCUGGACGGUUCUGACUACACUUUGAAUGUGGAGAAGCGGGUCAAAGGCCAAUUUCUCUUUGACAAAGUCUGCGAUCACCUUAAUCUGUUGGAGAAGGACUACUUUGGCAUUACGUACAGAGAUGUGGAGAAACAAAAGAAUUGGCUGGAUCCGACUAAGGACCUGAAGAAGCAGAUCAGGACCGGCCCCUGGAACUUUGCUUUUAACGUGAAGUUUUAUCCUCCGGACCCCUCCCAGCUGACCGAGGAUAUCACAAGGUACUACCUGUGCCUGCAGCUUCGAGAUGACGUCGUUUCAGGCCGUCUCCCUUGUUCCUUCGCCACCCACACUGUUCUGGGCUCGUACACCGCACAGUCGGAGCUGGGCGACUUUGAUCCGGAGGAGCUGGGCAGCGACUACAUCAGCGAACUACGCUUCGCACCCAACCAGACCAAAGAGCUGGAGGAGAAAGUCAUGGAGCUCCACAAGUCCUACAAGGGGAUGACUCCGGCUGAAGCCGAAAUGCAUUUCUUGGAAAAUGCAAAGAAACUCUCCAUGUACGGUGUGGAUCUCCACCACGCCAAGUUGGUAGGGCGUCUCUAUCAAGGCUUGGCUCGUGCCGAGGGAGAGGACUCGGAAGGCGUGGAGAUUAUGUUAGGAGUGUGUGCCAGUGGUCUCCUCAUCUACAGGGACAGGCUGCGUAUCAACCGUUUCGCCUGGCCCAAAAUCCUCAAGAUCUCCUACAAGAGGAACAACUUCUACAUCAAAAUCCGGCCCGGCGAGUUUGAGCAAUUUGAAAGUACCAUCGGCUUCAAGCUUCCCAACCACCGUGCUGCCAAACGGCUGUGGAAGGUCUGUGUUGAACACCACACCUUCUUCAGGUUGGUGUCACCUGAGGCGCCCCCAAAGAAGUUCCUCACCCUCGGCUCCAAGUUCCGCUACAGCGGCAGGACGCAGGCGCAGACUCGCAGGGCCAGCUCGCAGAUCAUUCGUCCUGCGCCCUUCUUCGAGCGCUCCGCCAGCAAACGUUACAACAUGUCACGCAGCUUGGACGGAGCGCCCAUCACCGAGAAUCACGAUACUCUGAUGAAGGACAGCGGCAUCGCCGCCAACGCCAGGGGAGACAUCAUCACCACGGUGACUACCGAGAAGAAGGCAGAGGAAGAGAAGGCGGAGCGGGAGGAUGCCCGUGCGGAUACGACUGAAGCCGCCGCCGGCACCCUGACGCCGCUCAGACAAGAAGCAAAGUGCUCCCCUUGUGCCUUAACCACCAGCCCGCUUGGCUCUGAGCUCUCACUCCCCUCAUCCCCCGUGUCAUCAACAAAAGUGCGGCGACGGUGCAGGGAAAACACGCGCAAGCGGGCCUCCUCGGUGAGCCCAGUGAAGGACAGCGCCGGCCGUCGCCGCCAGCAGGCCCGCUCGGAUCGGCAAGCGGCCCUGCUGGCGGAGCGGGCGCUUCUGCUGUCGGCCCGCAAGCAGCGGCUGGAGCAGAGAGGCGGGGUGCGCGGCGGCACGCUCUUCUCUUUCUCGCUGCACCUGCCCGACCUGUCAGCUGUCCUGGACGAGGACGGGUACCUCAGCUUCCCCGACCUGUCGGAGAUGCGCUUCCUGCCAGAGUGCGCGCAGAACUUUUUGCCCAUCAAGUCCCCGUCGCUCAUCCCCUGCUUCCUCUUCAUCUUCUUCUUUCUGCUCUCCACCUCCUUCUCUGUGCCCUACGCCCUCACUCUUUCCUUCCCCUUGGCGCUGUGCCUCUGCUACCUGGAGCCCAAGGCAGCCUCGCUGACCGCCUGCAUAGCCCAGGGCUACCAUGACUAUGACAGUUCAGAGGAAGAGGAGCAGACAGACAGCGAACAAACUGACUUUGCCUUCGAUGGAGAUAUAACUGCCACGGAGUCGGAUGCAGACGACGACUCUGAGAUGCCCACGCAGGACAAAGAGCCCCCCGCCGAGAUGGUCAAGCACCAGACCAACAUCACCGAGAUGAAGCGCUCCUUCCUGGAGACGGACACCGGCGUCCCAGGCCUCACCGAGUGGGAGCGGAGGCUCUCCUCAUCCCCGGCGCGCUCGCCCCGAAUGGACGAGCCGCCCAUGAUAGAACCUCUGGACCUGCAGGAUGAAGAAGAUCAGGAGCCCGGCACUAGAGACGAGACAAAGGCGGAGCCUAAAGCCACUGAGGCGGCGAAAUAUCUGCUGAAUUGCCCUGCAGAUAGUACCCUAGUGGACAGAGCGCCCCCAACAGGGCCGAAGGGGAUUAGCCCAUUGGGCGCUCUGGAUGAUGACGUUUUCUCAGCGGAGGAGAAAACCCCCGACUCCCAAGAAGAGUUUUCUGAGAAGUCCGCGGCUAGGAUGAGCCCGGGCUCCGUAAGGGAGGAAGUGUCCCAGGCCAUCACCGACAAAAGGGGCAUGCUCAUCAUCUUGAAGGAGGCCGAGGUGGAAACACAAGUGAAAGAAGAGAUGGAAAAGCUCCCCAUAACCAAGAUGGAGGCACUGCUUGAGGACAUGUCUCAGGUCAAAGGCUCGCCCAAGAAGGCCAUGGCCUCGUGGGUGUCGGAGGUGGCGAGAGCGGAAGAGUCGGAGGUCUUCAGAGUGUUGACGGAGGAGGUGACAAAGACCUUUGAGCAACCAAAGCCCGACAUGGCUCCGAUAACGCUCUCGGAGACCGCGCCCCUAGCAGUGUCAACUCUCGGAUGGGUUUCUUCUUCUGUGACUUCCGAAAAGGCAUCACCUGACUCGGAGCAGAAGAAACCUGUUGUCAUGGAGAUGGACACAGCGACGGAAAAAUCUGCAUGUACGGAAGAGGACGUGGUCUGCACCAAAGAGAUGCCCGUGGUUCAUACAGAGACUAAGACCAUCACAUAUGAAUCUGGAGUGGGCGACAUGAAUGGCGACACAGACCCCGGCGUGUUGCUGAGCGCCCAGACGAUCACCUCGGAAACCACCAGCACCACCACCACUACGCACAUCACUAAGACUGUAAAAGGAGGCAUUUCAGAAACAAGAAUCGAGAAAAGGAUCGUCAUCACGGGAGACUCCGACAUCGACCAUGAUGAGGCUCUGGCUCAGGCCAUAAAGGAGGCUAAAGAGCAGCACCCUGACAUGUCAGUGACCAAAGUAGUGGUACAUAAAGAGACAGAGAUCACGCCAGACGAGGGGGAGGACUGACCCAGGAGUAACCGCGUCACCCCCGAAUUCCACAUUCAAGUGUGGGACCUGAAACUCUUCCUCUCCCUUCCUCAUCCUCCAGCUUGCCCGCUAGUCGCACCCAUCCAACCUGCAAAGUAAAAAAAUGGAACGCAUGCGCAAAGGACUCAAUAUGGCAUUAUGAUUAUUAUAUUUACCAUCGGACACCCAUGUGAGGUUCUCAUAAAAAGCUGUACAAUUUUUUUUUUUAUGUAAGAAUAAUCAUUAAAGCAAGUUGCUUUUACUGCCUUAUGACUUUAAAGCAUUUUAAUGAAAGUAAUUGAAGCCAGCUUUUUUUUGUUUUUUAUUUAUGAAGUAAAAGCCAUCACUCCUCACUGAGGCUGCAGAAACGUUCAGCGUGUGCACUAUUUAACCUUCCUGUCGAUGGAUUUUCCGUCAGGUAUGCCACUAAAUACAAACACGGGCCAUGUUUAUUGAUCUCUCAUUGUUGAUUUUAUUGUUUUUGUCAUUUUUACUUGAAAUGCUUUUUUUUUAACAAUCAUAUCAGUAUUUUAUUUUGUGUGUGUUCGCAUUGAAGCUCUGACAAGGCUUUUCAUCAGCAAGACGCCAAGGAAAUGUUGCGAAUGAGUCUGUGCAGGUUUUGAAUGUGUCCGCUCUACGCCAACCCCUCGUAGCGCUACCCGUCUCCGUCGCCAAGUAUACGUUUUGACUCCAGAUGGUUGAGAAAUGUCACCGACGUGUUUCUGUUUUGAAUUGCAGUUUCCUUCUCCGGUUAAUAAAACACGUCAUAACAGAAAUAA